UUUUGGACCGAAGAUCUAAACAAGAUCUGAGCUUUGUAUUGGAACGCAUGUGCUUUUAGAGUUUUCAGUAUAUUAAUCCAUUUGUCUUCCUUCAACUGAUGCAGUGCUUCUCUUCAAAAAACAAUACACCCUUUUGAUCAUAACAGUGAGAAACUAGAGAACCUAUUUCUGACGAACGGACUCAAUUCCAACGUUAUGGGAUCCGUAUUAUCCACCAUUCUAUCCUAUGUUUUUGGCACGAUGUCUAGCCUACCGUUUGACCUGUUGAGUGACGGAGCUGGUACAAGUUCUAGUUCUUCCAAAGAUUAUGGUAGCAUCGAAAACCAUAAAUACGAUGUGUUCAUCAGUUUUAGAGGUUCUGAGACCCGCAAUUCUUUUGUUGAUCAUCUCCACUCUCAUCUAGUUAGAAAAGGUAUUUUUACCUUCAAGGAUGACAAGCAGCUCCAAAAAGGAGAAGCCAUUUCACCCCAACUUCUACAAGCAAUUCGACGGUCACGGGUUUGUAUCAUUGUUUUCUCAAGAGAUUAUGCUUCAUCAACAUGGUGUUUGGAUGAAAUGGCUGCUAUUGAUGAAUCUAGAAAAAAAUUGAAACAAGUUGUAUUCCCUGUUUUUUAUGAUGUCGAUCCAUCUCAUGUUCGAAAACAAAAUGGAGUGUAUGAGAAUGCAUUUGUUUUACACACUAAGCAAUUUGGAAAUAAUUCAGACAAGGUUGCUCAAUGGAGAACAACAAUGACUCAUUUGGCUGGAUCUGCUGGUUGGGAUGUUAGAAAUCGGCCAGAGUUUGGACUGAUUGAAGAAAUGACGGACUCUAUAAUAGAAAAGCUGGGUCACUCAUUCUCAGGAUCCGCGGAUGACCUUAUAGGAAUACAACCUCAUAUAGAAGCAUUAGAGAGCCUUUUAAAACAAAGGCCAGAACAUGAUGGUUGUCGAGUUUUAGGAAUAUGGGGUAUGGAUGGAAUAGGAAAGACAACUCUUGCCACCGUUUUGUAUGACAGAAUCUCAUAUCAAUUUGAUGCUUGUUGUUUUGUUGAGAACGUUAGCAAAUUUUAUGAAAACGGUGGUGCUAUUGCUGUGCAGAAACAAAUUCUUUGCCGAACAAUAGAAGAAAAAAACAUAGACACAUACAGUCCUCCUAAAAUAUCCCAAAUAAUGAGAAAUAGGCUACGGAAGAUAAAACUCCUUAUAGUUCUAGACAAUGUCGAGCAAAUUGAGCAACUAGAGGAAUUGGACAUAAAACCCAAAUUCCUUCAUACAAAAAGUAGAAUAAUCGCAAUCACUAGAGAUAAGCAUAUUCUUCAAGCAUAUGGAGCAGAUGAAGUUUUUGAGGCUAAAUUGAUGACCGAUGAAGAUGCUUAUAAACUUUUGUGUCGAAAAGCCUUCAAAAGUGACUAUGCAAGCAGUGGUUUUGCAGAGCUUAUUCCUGAGGUUUUAAUAUACGCCCAACGUCUUCCAUUAGCAGUUAGAGUACUGGGAUCUUUCUUGUUUUCCCGAAAUGCAAGACAAUGGAGCUUGAUCUUGGAUAAAAUUGAAAAGAAUCCACCUAAUAAAAUAAUGAAAGUUCUCCAUGUAAGUUUUGAGGAGUUAGAGCAAGAUGAGAAAGAAAUAUUUUUGCAUGUUGCUUGUUUCUUUAAUGGGGAGAGGAAGGAUUAUGUAAGCAGAAUUCUAAAUGUUUGUGGGCUGAAUCCUGAUAUUGAUAUUCCACUUCUUGUUGAGAAAUCGCUAAUAACUAUUAGAAAUGAUGAAAUUCAUAUGCAUGAAAUGUUGUGCAAGUUGGGGAAGCAAAUUGUUCAGGAACAACAUCCUGAUGAGCCAAAAUCAUGGAGUAGAAUGUGGCUUUACCGUGAUUUCCAUCAUGCCAUGAUUACAAAUUCGGAAGCAAUAAAAGCUAAAACCAUAAUUUUAAAUAAAAAGGAGGAUGUUAGCAAAUUCAACAAGUUGAGGGCUGAAGAUUUAUCAAAAAUGGAAAAGUUGGAAGUGCUCAUAUUAUAUCAUACAAAUUUUUCAGGAAAACCAAUAUGUCUUUCUGAUUCCCUACGCUAUGUUUUGUGGAAUGGUUACCCUUUUAUGUCUUUGCCAUCAAAUUUUCAACCACAUCACCUUGAAGAAUUGAAUAUGCCUGAUAGUAGCAUUGAACAGCUAUGGAUAGGAACCCAGCAUCUCCCCAAUUUGAAAAGGAUGGAUCUGAGCAACUCUAAAAAUCUGAAGAUGACUCCAUGUUUUGAGGGAGUCCUAAAUCUUGAGCGACUAGAUCUUUCAGGAUGCAUAAACUUAUCACAAGUGGAUUCAUCAAUUGGACUUCUUACAAAACUUGUAUUCUUGAGUUUGCAAAACUGUAGAAAUCUAGUUAACCUUGAUUUUGGAAAUGCAGCUACAUUAUGGUCUCUAAAAGUUUUGUGUCUCUCUGAUUGCACAAAACUUGAAAAUACUCCUGAUUUUAGUGGAUUAUCAAUUCUCCAAUAUCUUGAUAUGGAUUGAUGUGCAAAUUUAUCCAUGAUUCGUGAAUCUGUUGGGGCUCUUACGAAGCUUGAAUUCUUAAGUUUGAGAGAUUGUACAAAUCUUGUUGGAAUACCUGACACUUUCUAUAAGAUGACGUCUCUUAUUACUCUAGAUCUUUGUGGAUGCUCUGAAUUUACCAAGUUGCCUCUACGAGAGAUCUCUCCUUCUCCUCUACAAUCUUUGAUUUAUUUGGACUUGAGCUUUUGCAACAUUUAUGAAGAACCUAAAGUGAUUGGAGAAUUAAGGUGUUUAGAAAGACUAAAUCUUCAGGGAAAUAACUUCACUACACUUCCUUCCACCUUGAGCCGUCUUUGCAAUCUAUCAUAUUUAAACUUGUCUCAUUGCCAUAGGCUUCAAAGUUUGCCAAAGCUUCCAACCAAUCGUGGUCCAUCAAAUUCAGUGGGGAGAUAUUUUAAAACAACGUCUGGAUCCCAUAAGCAUAGAUCCGGAUUAUAUAUAUUUGACUCUCCCAGGUGCAUGGAACAUCCAUCCUCGUCGGGCGGAUGUUCAACUGAAUGUCCAUUCAAUAGUGAGUUGCUCUAUAGAUGGGUAAUGAGACUUGUUCAGGAACCUGUUCUCUAUCGGUGUGGCUUUGACAUUGUUUUUCCUUGGCAUGGGGGAACUAAAGAUUCUUAUAAAAGUAGUGCUUUUUCAAAGUUGUUCCGCUUCCAUCACAAAUUGAAAGGGGGUUCAAUAGUAAGAAUAAAUAAUUUUGUUAGGGAUGUUGAUUGGGUUGGAUUUCUCUUUGUUGCAAUAUUUGAGUCAAAUGAUCAUAAUUAUCAAUCGCUCUCUUCGCCACCAUUGCCACAUCCUUUUUAUCUAUCCUUCGAGAGUGAAAACACAGAAGAACGCUUUGAUAUGCCACUUAAUUUGGAACAGAAUAUGGUUGAUGGUAAACAUUAUAUUUGGAUGAUCUUUAUCUCUCGGGAACACUGCCAUUUCGUAGAAACGGGAGCACAAAUCACAUUUAAAGCAUGCGAAGGUUUGAUUAUUAAGGAAUGGGGGUUGCGGGUCCUAAACAAGGAAGACACAUGGGGGUACAGAAUGGGAAUGAGCGUAGAUCUUCCUUUACAGAAUGUGAAAGUAAAACGAAGCAGAAGCAGCAGUAGAUUUGAGCCGAAAAUCCAACUUCCUUACAAUUGGUUAGUUUCUGACAAAGAUGAAGCCGAGAAGGAUGCAGCCAAGCGGAAGGAAAUUGGUCUCUCUAAUCUUGGCCUUUCAACAGUAUAUUUCCCUCCGCCACCACCGUGGUUUUCUAUCAGCCCUGAGGGGAUGCAUUUCGUAUGAAGUUUAUGAAACAGCAAUCAGGUGCUGCAAGAUGGGAACUAGAAGUGUUUCAAUAUAACAAUGUGUUCUGAAUUCUGAGUGUUUUGCCACAAUAUUGUUUAGUCUUUUUUGGGGGUAUGGAAGAGAAAUGGAAGGGGGGUGGAGUUGAUAUUGUUGAGAGUGUUUUUAAUAAUGAUAAGUUUUGUCUAUUUAGUCAGGCUUCAAUUGUUCCCAACUUUUUGGUUGAUCUCAUUGUUCGACAAGGCUAUUUAUUAAUCAUUUUCCUUAUGCUUGUAUUGCAUGUGAAUCUA